GAGAGAGAGAGAGAGAGAGAGAGGGACGGGGGAAGUAGCGAAGGUAACCGUUGAUCGCGUAGAAGAAUGAUGCUAGGAGCUUCAUCGUUUCAAUCCCGAAGUAUCAUCUCUUCUUUUGUUGGCGACCAUCGCUUUAUUCUUCAUUCAACACGCCCUCUUCAUCGACUGUUUCGCUGCAACCUAGGAAGCAAACAUGUCUCCAUGCAACUAUCGAGAACACUGUCUGGAUUAACAGAUCUUUUAUUCAACAGAAGAUUUCCAAACAGCGAGCGGAAACGUCUAAGGCCUGGAAAACUGUCCCCUCGACGACCUGUUCCAGAUAACAUACCGAAGCCUCCUUAUGUCAGUACUAGACAACCACCUGGAAUUGCGAAAGGACCACAAGUGCAUGAUGAGAAGGGGAUAGAUUGCAUGAGAGCUUCAGGGAACCUUGCCGCUCAGGUUCUUCAGUAUGCUGGGAGUUUAGUCCAGCCAGGCAUUACGACUGAUGAAAUUGACCAAGCAGUUCACCAAAUGAUUAUUGAAAAUGGAGCGUAUCCUUCACCUCUCGGUUAUGGUGGCUUUCCAAAGAGUGUAUGCACAUCAGUGAAUGAAUGUAUUUGCCAUGGAAUUCCAGAUUCGCGUGCCCUUGAGGAUGGUGAUAUUAUCAACAUUGACGUUACGGUUUAUCUACAUGGUUAUCAUGGUGAUACAUCAGCAACUUUCUUUUGUGGAGAUGUUGACGAUGAAGCCAGAAACUUGGUGCAGGUAACCGAAGAAUGCCUGCAUAAGGCAAUAUCAAUAUGUGCACCAGGGGUGGAGUUCAAGAAGAUUGGCAAAACAAUACAUGACUAUGCAGAUAAACAUCAUAAUGGUGUUGUCCAAGAGUUUGUUGGCCAUGGGGUGGGACGUGUUUUCCAUAGCGAACCAGUUAUUCUGCACUACAGGAACAACGCCGGGGGACUCAUGAUGUUGAAUCAGACGUUCACUAUCGAACCGAUGCUGACUAUUGGUAGUAGAAACCCUAUAAUAUGGGAUGAUGAGUGGACAGUUGUCACAGAUGAUGGGAGCCUGUCAGCACAGUUUGAGCACACCAUUUUGAUAACCAAGGAUGGGGCUGAGAUAAUUACCCAGUCUUAACAAUGCCCCUUCAUGACACUUCUUUUUUAUCUUAUGCGAUUAGAUUGGCCUCUUGCUAGUAAAAAUUUGGCCUGGGAAGGAGAGCAUUGUAGCUUACCUUUUUUUCCCCCAAAAUUGUACCCGUAAGUGUCAUUUAAAGUCACCACCUCUUGCGUGGUUGGUUAUUUCUUUAUUUUUGGUGAUUGAUCCAUGCUUUUUUGGGUUUUCUCCCUUCUUUUUGGUAGACAGGGUGUGUAAAUAAGUCUGUUGUUUGUGAGCAAAAUGUACCUUGGCACUGGAACACCAAAAUGUUGUAAGAACAUUAUCUUUACAUUAGUAAUGUUUUGCAAUAAUUAUGGAGAGAUGUCUAAAGUUGGUUUAAUCUUGUCUGAAAUUUGUUCAAAUGGUUUUGGAUGAUGUGAGAAGAGGAUGAAUUGCCAUGACAGCAGAUAGUAAUGACAAGUCUACAUGACGUGGUUAUGAUACGAUGGUUCAUGGAUAUUAAGAAAAAAAAAGUCCUAUAUUUUAUUUGUUUUGUACUCUCAUAUAGAUGAUUGUAGUUGUAGUUUUUUUUUUUUUUU